AUGGUGCCAGAUGAUUUUGAGUUUGAGAGAACGUUGGGAACCGGUGCUUUUAGUAAAGUAUUGGUUGCACGUUAUAUUCCAACUGGUGUGCGGUAUGCUGUGAAACUUAUUUCAAAGCGACAAAUUCUUACUGCACCAUCAGACGAAGAAAGGAAUCGUAUGGCUGAAGUAGCACGAAGAGAAACACGUAUGCUUUUGAUGUGUAAUCACCCCAAUAUUAUUCGUUUUCUUGCUUCUAUGCAAACAUCUGAUGACCUUAUGUACGUUACCGAAUUAUGUGAUGGAGGUGAAUUACUUCACGCAAUAAAGUUGCGUCAAAAAAUUCCUCUUGAUGCGGCACGUUAUGUUUUAGCAGAACUUUUUUCCGCCGUCUGGUAUUUGCAUCAUGCACCUAAGCAAUCUCUUCCAAUUGUUCCCAAUGCUCCUCUUAGACCUAUUACAAUUCUCCAUCGAGAUAUUAAACCAGAAAAUAUUAUGCUUAUGAGUAAUAAACACAUAAAGCUUAUUGAUUUUGGUACUGCAGUGGUUUGUCAGUCUGUAGAUGAACGUCCAGAAGGAGAACAAAGUAAUAAGGGUAGGGCCCAAACAUUUUGUGGAACAACUCAUUAUAUGUCUCCUGAACUGUUGCAAGAUAACUAUACUUGCACGGCAUCUGAUUAUUGGGCGUGUGGUUGUGUAUUAUAUCAUAUGUUGGUGGGAAAGCGACCUUUUGAGGAACCCACAGAAUAUCUACUUAUAAAGAGUAUUCUUGAAGAAGAACCUCAAUAUCCUGAGGAUAUGUGUAAUGACGCUAAAGAUCUCAUAUCAAAACUUCUCGAAAAAAAUCCCAAAAAACGACCUAGUAGAGAUGAGGUACAUAAGCAUCCUUUUUUUGCUGGUAUUGACUUUGAGGCUCUUACAACAACUAAUGUAGAACAAUUUUGGAUCAGGAAAACAGAAUGGGUGGAUGAUUCAACGGUUAACAAUUGUAAAAAUUGUGGAUCUGCUUUUAGGUUUUGGAGAAGAAGACAUCACUGCCGAAUGUGUGGGAACGUAUUCUGCCAUGCUUGUUCAUCCAAGACAUGCUUGAUACCAGAAUCUACAUUUACUGAACCCGAAAGGGUCUGUGAUAAUUGCUAUAAUGAAAUUGAAGAUGCCUAA